AUUUACAAACCUGACUUCCAGACUCCGUUCCUCCUGCAUUAGAGGUACCUUCAGGGAAGAAGCGUGGGGACACAGGAAUAGAGCCACGUUCCUCAAACUUGUCUGCCAAAAGUUGAGCAUAAAACAAUACCUAAACCUGCUUCUUGACAUGGAAUCAGAACAGAGUUACUGCUGAGAGUUUGACUUAUAGAGAAAUCAUGGUUCGACUAACCUUGGAUCUAAUCGCCAAAAAUAACUAUCUUAAACCCCGAAAAGAAGAAACUACUUCACGAUGCCUGAAGAAAAUAACUCAUAUACAUUUUUCAGACAAAAACAUAGAUGCAAUUGAAGACCUCUCUCCUUGCAAAAAUCUUAGUGUUCUAUAUUUGUAUGAUAACCGUAUUAGUGAAAUCACUAACUUGAAUUAUGCCACAAAUCUGACCCACCUGUACCUACAAAACAAUUGUAUUUCACGUAUAGAGAACCUCAGAUCAUUAAAGAAACUGGAAAAACUGUAUCUGGGAGGCAAUUACAUUGCUGUCAUAGAAGGUUUAGAAGGAUUAGAAGGACUAAGAGAGCUUCACGUUGAGAGCCAGAGGCUUCCCCUUGGAGAAAAGCUUCUGUUUGAUCCAAGAACUCUUCAUUCUCUGGCAAAAUCCCUCUCUAUAUUGAAUAUCAGCAAUAAUAAUAUUGAUGACAUAAGAGACUUAGAAAUACUGGAGAAUCUUAAUCAGCUCAUAGCAGUUGACAACCAACUUCUGCAUGUGAAGGAUUUGGAAUUUUUACUGAACAAGUUGAUGAAGCUGUGGAAAAUGGAUCUAAAUGGAAAUCCUGUUUGUCUCAAACCCAAAUACAGAGACAGACUGAUAUUGGUGUCCAAAUCACUGGAGUUUCUUGAUGGAAAAGAAAUUAAAAAUACGGAAAGACAAUUCCUAAUAAAUUGGAAAGCAUUCAAAGAUGCCAAGAAAAUCAGCAAGAAAAACAAGAGUAAAAACGAGAAUGCAAGUAACUCAUACCUAAGUAACUUUGAAAUAAUGCAUCACAUAGUUCCUGUUUAUUGCCCACCAGUGGGUAAGCCAAAAUUAAUCUUUCUCUCUGAUGUACCAAGAUACUUUGUAAAUGGAAAUGCAUCCUCAGAAAGCUCCCAAGAAGAUAACCGUAAAAUAGCUGAAGAUAUGGGGAAUCUCUCAUGACGGAAUCUGAAAGCUUGCUGACAAAAAAAUGAUAUAUAUGGAUUUUGCCUUCUCCAUAACUCAAAGUAAAAGAAAAUUUGUUUGUAAAAAAAAAAAAGAGUAAAUUCAUCCUUAAGUGCUCUUUAA